AUGAUGCAGUUACGCCACGUUUUCCUCACUAUCGUUGUGAUAAUGAGCACCUCCUUUGUGUGUGUGUUGGCUCAAGCUGCUGAACCGACUCUGGAGACUACGAUGAAAGAGAACGUAGAUGAUACUACGUCUUGCUCUCCUGAUAAACAUCCUUGCGCAACAAAGAAACCGGCGUCCGCACAACCAAAAGAACCGAUAUCUAGUGAGCCUGAUCAGGAUUCUGUACUUGAAUCUCUUGCGGAGCCUGGUAGUAGAGAUGGUGAUAGUAGUGGUAAGGGAAAUGCAAAGACCUCACAAGGACCUCGUGGAGGAAAGGAUACAAAUACAGAAGGUCGUGUUGGUGUUGGUGGACUUGCUGCUGAAGACGGAAGCCUUACAAGAGAAAGAGGUGAUGGUGUUGAUUCUGAGGUACAGGCUAAGCGGAAUGCCAACAAUCCACAAGGCCAGGGAGCGGAACGGCAAGAACCUCAAACGAAUAUUGGGAGUACAAGAAGUACUGUAACAUCUUCACCACUUGUUGACGUGAACGUUAAAGGUACUGUUCAAAGUAUUGAGAAGCAAGAUGCAGGAGGAAAUGGUGUUCAUUCUUCCUCACAAUCUUCAGGUGCAGCUAAUACAGAUUCAACAGUUUCUCAGAACACCCACGGCGGUACAACAGAACAACCUCAAUCUUCUCACAACAACCAAACUUCUCAAGGACAUAUUGUUGAAGCUGAGAAUUCUAAUGGUGUUACGAAACCUGCAGAGGAUGAUUCAACAAACGAGACUGACACUAUAACCAAUAAUAAUGAAGAAUCAACCACCACCACCACCACCACCACNUAA